CAUGAAAAUCAUCAUUAGAGCAUUUGUAAACUAUCAUUUUCAAGAAUGACAUUCAUGAAUAUUGUGCUAGUUAAAAACUAACUUCUUAGAACUGUUCAAUAAUUAUGGAAUGUCCAUGCCAUUAAUAUUUAUUUAUUUAUUUUCCCUUUUGCAUGGAUUACACUAUACCUGAAAUUUAUUAUUCAGUUUUUGUGUAAUGACUUAAAAAAUACUAUUAUAUAUUUGUAAUGAGGCUUGUCUAAAAAAGCAUUUAUAUAGUAGUUAGUUUUUUUUUAAGAAUUUAUUUUUAAGUAUUCUCUACACACAACAUGGGACUCAAACUCACAGCCCCUAGAUCAAGAGCCGCAUGCUCUACCAACUGACCCAGCCAGGAGCCCCUGAUUCUUAGAAAAUGAUUGAAUCUCAGGUCUACAUUUAAUAUUUCAACCAGCAAUGUUAUUUUACUUUAAAAAAUCUGGAAUGAUAAAGUUGAUUUUUGCCUUUUAACAUAUGGCCAUCUGAAAUAAUUUCAUUCAUUCACUCAUUAAUUUACCCAUUCAGCAAACAUUAUUUGUGUUCUAAGUACUGGGUAUCCAAGCACUUGCAGACCAGAAGGGGAAAUAACAAACAGACAAAUACACACACACACACACACACACACACACACACACACGCACACACACACGAAAUCACUUUCUUUGAUGUAGAUAUUUUGAUUGUACCUAUAUUUUAAAUGCCCAGUUCUAUCUCUUUUUUUAUUGAAAUACACUUGAACUGCAGUGUUACAUUAGUUUCAGGUAUACAAGACAGUGAGUGAUUCGACAACUGUAUACGCUAUGCUAUGCUCACCACAAUUGUAGCUACCAUCGGUUGCCAUACAAGACUCUUACAAUACCAUUGACUAUUCCCCAUGCUGUACCUUUCGUCCCCAUCACUUACUCAUUCCAAUACUGGAAACCUGUAUUUCCUACUCCUCUUCGCUCAUUUUGCUCAUUCCCCAUUCACCUCCCCUCUAGCAAUCACCUAUUUAUUCUCUGUAUUUAUAGAUUUGUUUUUUGUUUUUUAGAUUCCACAUACAAGUGAAAUCAUAUGGUGUUUGUCUUUCUGUUUGACUUACUUAACUUAGCAUAAUACUCUCUUAAGUCCAUUGAUGUUGUUGCAAAUGGCAAGAUCUCAUUCCUUUUUGUGGCUGAGUAAUAUUUAAUUGUGUCUCUAUAUAUCCCAUCUUCUUUAUCCAUUUAUCUAUCAAUGGUCAUUUAGGUUGCUUCCUUAUCUUGGCUAUUGCAAAUAAUACCAUAACAUAGGGGUACAUUUACUUUUAGAAUUAGCAUUUUCAUUUUCUUAAGUACUUAGUAGUGGAAUUACUGAAUCAUAUGGUAUUUGUAUUUUUAACUUUUCAAAGAACCCCCUACUGGUUUUCACAGUGGGUUUACCAAUAUACAUUCCCACCAGCAGUACACAGGUGUUCCUUUUUUUUCACAUCCUCCCCAACACUUGUGAUUUCUUGUCUUUUUGAUACCAGCCAAGUCUAACUGGUAUAAAGUGAUAUCUCAUGAUGUGCGUCCAUUAUUCUUAAUUAACAGAGAGUAGCAACUCUGAAAUGUAUAUAUACUUAUUAUAUGUAUUUUUAAAGUUUGUCAGUAAGCUUUUUAGAGUUCUAUGAAACAUAGUUUUAGAAAAUAUUACUUUGAAAAAAAAUUGGUCCUGUUACAAUUACUGAGAUUGUUUUGUUUUUCUUUAUAAUAGAGCCAUAUGGGGUUUGUUACCUAAUAUGUACAUUUAUUUCCAUUAAGCAUUUAAUAUAUUACAACCUAAUUGUAGACAGAUAAUGGCCUCCUAAAGACCUCUACCUCCUAAUUCCAAGCACUUGUGAAUAGGUUACCUUACAUGGCACAGAGACUGUGCUGAUGUGAUUAAAUUAAGGAUCUUGAGAUGGAAAAUAAUCCUGGAUUAUCCAGUUGGGUCCAGUGUAAUCACAGGGUCCUUAUAAGAGGAGAACAAGAGGAUCAAAGGUGGAAGAAGAUGGCAUGGAGAAGCAGGGGUUGGAAUGACAGGCUUGAAAAUGGAGGAGAGGGCUCCAGCCAGGGCAUGUGGACAGCCUCUCCAGGGUGGAAAAGGCAAGGAAAGGAAUUUUCCUCAGUGUCUCCACAAGGAAUGCAGUAGUGUCUGUGCCUUAAUUUUAGCCCCAAUAAGACUUGAUUUGGGCUUCUGACCCCUAGAAUUGUACAGAAUAAAUUUGUGUUGUUUUAAAAAAGUUACCAAGGGUGAUAAUUUGUUAGAGCAGCAAUUGGAGGCUAAUACAGACCUACACAGCACUAACACUUCAAACAGCCUCUGUUCUUUCUUUUCAAUUUGAUAAAAAUCCUAGGUUCAUUCGCCAAAUGAAUCACUGAAGAGAUGCUUAUCUAUUAGAGGAGAAUGUGAGGCCUUUUUUAUGAUUUCCAGGGAAACAUAGGUGGGAUCGCUGCUAACCCUAACCCUGCCCAUCAGGCCAAAUAAGUCUUCAAGGGUAGAAGAGCCACAUGAAAGCCCGUGCUGGUGUAACAUAGGCCAGAGCCACUAUACUUCUUGAUUUUCAUAGUUUCUUUUUAACUGAGACUCCAGAUACCACUGGAAUUUUAAGAAACAGCAUAAAAAUAAAACAUUUGAAUAUGAAUACUUUAGAUGCUUCCUCGACUGUCACACAUUCAAAAAGAGCCUCCCCUGGUAAUAAUCUGUGUGGUGCUGUUAGUAUAUCAAUUGCAGACAAGCAGAAAGCUGAACCUUUUAUUGCUCCUUCUGUUUUCUGGAAGUAUUCAGUAUUAGAGUGACUGAUACUCUGUUUUCCAGAGUGAGGAGAAAAGCUGUAAUAACUUCUGUGCCAUUAUUUUUGAAACUCUAGAGUUCAUUAAAACUCUCUUUGGCUUUCUUGCCUACCAUCUUUCUUCUUUCUUAUGAAUUAUUCAAGGCAGAUUUCAGUUGAGGUAAAUAGUUUGAUUUGAAGGUUUUUGUAUCUGGAUUUAGAUGCAACAAGAAGUGUUAAAUGUUCAGAAUUUUAAGUGCACAGAAUGGCACAGACUCAGCUAUUAAGAUGGAAGACAUUUGCUGUUAACGCUCUGGGGCUGCUGUUUGCGACUUCAGCGUGGUACUAUUUGUCAUUCUGAAGUAGGUAGGCAUUAUGAUGCUUGUAGUAUAAAUCAGACUUUACAGAAUGCUUGGUCCCCAAGCGCUCUGAACAUUCUAAUCCACUUCUCAGUUUACAGAACAGUUUUUGAUUUUACAAGGUAAAGUUUCCCUUUCUUAUUUAACCUUGCCAAUGCAUUAUUAAUCUCUAUUAUUUUUCAGGUAUUGUAUACCAAACAACAACCAAAAAAAAACCCCAAAAACCAAAAAAACCCUUUAGCCUGCAUGUUUCUCUUGGAUAAAAUGAGGUUGUAAGUUUGAGUUCUUCUUUCGACAAAUAAUGUGAAAGCUAAGAGGACCUAGGAAACAUUUCAUUUUUAUAAAACUCAAGGAUUAAAACAAGGUGAGCCAACCAUGACUGGCAAAACACAGACCAGCAAUGUCACCAAUAAGAAUGACCCCAAGUCCAUCAACUCCCGUGUUUUCAUCGGCAAUCUAAAUACAGCCAUUGUCAAGAAAGUUGACAUUGAAGCCAUAUUCUCAAAGUACGGAAAAAUAGUUGGAUGCUCAGUUCACAAAGGUUAUGCGUUCGUACAGUACAUGAGUGAGCGGCACGCGAGAGCUGCAGUGGCUGGAGAAAAUGCCAGGAUCAUCGCCGGCCAGCCACUUGAUAUCAACAUGGCAGGAGAACCCAAACCAUACAGACCAAAACCUGGAAACAAGAGGCCCCUUUCUGCACUUUAUAGACUUGAGUCAAAGGAGCCUUUCCUGUCUGUUGGUGGUUAUGUCUUUGACUAUGAUUACUACAGAGAAGAUUUCUACAAUCGGUUAUUUGAUUACCAUGGGCGUGUGCCCCCACCUCCACGUGCAGUAAUUCCACUGAAGCGUCCCAGAGUGGCCGUCACAGCGACUCGCAGGGGUAAAGGAGUCUUUUCCAUGAAAGGGGGAUCAAGAUCUACCGUCAGUGGGUCAUCUUCAUCAGGCUCCAAAUUGAAGUCAGAUGAGUUACAGACAAUCAAGAAAGAAUUAACCCAGAUCAAAACGAAAAUUGACUCCUUGCUAGGGCGCCUGGAGAAAAUUGAGAAGCAGCAGAAGGCGGAGGCAGAAGCUCAGAAGAAGCAAUUGGAAGAGAGUAUAGAGCUGAUCCAAGAUGAAUGUGUGUCAGAGAAUGCAGAUCACUCUACAGAGGAGCCUGCUGAAGGAGGGCCAGAUGCGGAUGGAGAAGAGAUGACUGAUGGGAUAGAGGAGGACUUCGAUGAAGAUGGGGGUCAUGAGCUGUUUCUACAGAUAAAGUGAUCUGAAGUAAUGAAUGAUGCCACGAGAACAGAAAAGAGAAACUGUGACAACCCCCAGAAAUGUGAAAGGAGGUUUCUUACUGGAUUGCAGCUUCUUUGGUUCAAUUUAUUUAAAAAAAAAAACCCAAAUAAAUAAAAUGGACAGUAUUGUUCAAUUUUAGAAAUUCCACUUCUUCUAUGUUCUAAGCUAUAUAAUUGUCAGGUUUUUAUGGUUUAGAUUGUAAAUGUGUUUUCCCCUUUGCUAAUUAUGUUGUGUUUUUUUUUAAGUCUUUUAAAGUCUUAAAAUGUGAAGGACAUUUAUGAACGGUAAGGGAGACACUGUAUACAAAUGUAUAUUUGUAAAAGCUAUUUUUAUGAUUAGCAUGUUUUACUGUUGAUCAUAUAUAAAGUCAGGUGAUAUUGCAAUUCUAUGUUUAAAGCUUAUUUCCAACAAUGUCAUGUAAGAAAAGAUACAUCGUAAGCUAGUUUUUAUAAUUUAUUUUUAAUUUAUAGUUUAAAGUACUUUAGAUCAUAAUGAUAAAAUACUUGAAAAGGUUAUAUUUCUGCCCUCCAUAAGCACCGUUUUUAUUAAUAAAGAAUGCAAGUAUUUCAGUGAUUCAAUAGUGAAAGGACUGUUGCUUUGAUGUGUGAUUAAAUUGAGCAUUCUCUACUCAACUGAAAUGAUCCAAUUGUUACCCAGUACUUCAGUGUGAGUAGGAGAUCCCUUGGACAGGUUAGUGCCAAUACAGGUGAAAACUAUAUUGGCAAGGAAAGAUUGUCUUGUUUUUGGCUCCCAAAAGUUUAAAUAGUGCACAUAUCACUUCAUUGCAUCUCCUAUUACUAGGAACGCUCCAUUCCCAAGCAUUGCAAGUGUUUUCCAGAUGCUCUUUGCUGUUGUCUUGUGCUGUGGAAAUGGAAGAAACCAUCUUCACAGACUGUAGGAGAAUUCAGCAUAUAAUUUCUUAAUAAAUACUGUUUCUUUUAAAACAAAGUUGGUGUGUAUCUUUCCUUUGGGGUGCACUUAGUUUUAAUACUCAGUUUGACUUUUUAUGUCCCUGCAGUGCCAUAAAGUUAGUGCAAUAAUGAAAGUGACAUGACUUUACUAAUAUGUGUGUUAUAUGUUUUAAAUACCCAUGCUUUUCAUGGAGUGACUGGUAUUCUAGAACACAUUAAUUUGCCAUGUAAUAGAAAGUCAGAGGGCCCUCAAUUCUUGACAGAAGUCACAUCCUUGUUUACAUUUCUAGAAGGAAUUUUUUUUUCACUCAAACAUGGAAUUUUAGGAAAAUAUUUCAGGAUAGAAAGCAAAGCUACCCCAGAGGCAUUUGUGCUGUCAGACAAGCGCACUGCGAAUGACUGGAAGCUCCUCAUUAAAAGCAGAGAGACAUGUACAUGUAAUGUCACCAAGGACACCUAGAGGAAUUAAGGGCUCCUUUUUUCAAAGAAACUAAAAUCUAAAAUCACCUGGGUAUGUUUUCUUAUAUUUGUAUUUUAAUUUAUUUAUGGUAAUUUAUCUACUUUCUUUAUGUGUUUCAAAUAUAAGCUAAUGAAAAAUUAUAUAAUCCCAUCCUGCAAAAGUUAUCUAAAACUAAAAUUGUGAAAAAAAACAAAAAAAAAUAAGUAAAUAAAAAAUAAAAUUAUGAAAGCAAAAAUUAAAAAUUUGCACACGACAACCUAGGAUCUGGAUCGGGAAUGUACUUACCUUUCCUGGAAAUGUGAAAAUCACAAUGUGGUAUGCAGUUUUUUAUUUUUAUUUUUUUGUUUUUAGAGAAAGCAAGCAGGAGAGAGGGGCAGAGGGAGAGAGAAGGAGAAUCCCAAGCAGACUCCACACUCAGCACAGAGCCCAACAUGGGGCUCAAUCCCACAACCUGGGAUCAUGACCUGAGCAGAGAUGAAGAGUUGGCCACUCAACCAACUGAGCCACCUAGGCACCCCUGUGGUGCACUCUUUUUGGUGGCCAUAAUGAGUAUUAGAGAAUUUGCGACUGUUGCACUUGGAUUCUGAAGCUGAAUAGAAACUGUAUACAGUUCCACAAGAGAAUAAAAUCAGCAGAAUGAUUUCUUGGUUUGCUGCCAAAGAGAUGCAUUUGCCUGGGAUAGAUAAUCUGAUGCCCAGUAUUGCAGGCAUUGUCUAUUAAGAGAAUCAACAGGUGAAUUUGAGAAACAUAACAGAAUGCCAUGGGGGAAGGGAAAGAAAAAAAAAUAGUUACAAACAGAGAGGGAGGCAAACCAUAAGAGACUUUUAAGAAUUACAGAGCACAGAGGGUUG